AUGCAGGGCUCUGGAAAGUCGACAUGGGCGAAUAGCCUCGCGGGAAGGUCGCGCUCUGCCUAUCAACUCAAAACACCAAUCCUGUCCCUUGACGAUUUGUACCAUACCUACGAGAACCUGAUCAAAAUCCGUGAACGAAAUUCAUCGAACGAACUAUUUGCAACCCUGGUCAGCCUGGAACACACGAUGAGGUCCUUGCCAAACAGUUCUUCUCGUCCUUGCUGGCUGGCGAAGCCGUCGAUGUGCCUUCGUUCGACAAGAGCAUAUUUGAUGGAGAAUGAGACCGCUUCCCGCAACGAUCAAUUGGAGGAACACUGGGCCGCCUCAAAGCAAGUCGACACCGCCAUCGUGGACAAAGACACGUCUACCAUGCUGAUGCGCACGCACGCUUUGGAAUACCUUCAGCUCGUGAAUGACAACCUUAGGAGGUACAAUGAAUCUUUUAAGGGCCCGGAGGAGUUUGACUACUUCGUUCACCUUGACACCAAGCAUCUCCACAAUGUUUACCGCUGGAGGAUACCACAAGAGGAGGCCUUACGGGUAGUGAAGGGGACCGGCCAGAGAGAUGAGCAGAUCAUUGCGUUCGUGCAGGCGUAUAUGCCGGCAAGUUUCACCCAUGGGCGAAACGACCUGUUCAUGGUCAGAACAGAUAUCAGCGAAACGAUUGCCCCAGAAGUGUCCAACGGGUCCUCCGCAUUCACAACUCGGUAUCCACAGCACCACCACACAGACGACCGUCGCCGUGAGUGCAACCGCGGUGUAGCAGCGCCAACCAACUUGGGCACGAGGGCUCAGGCGGUUGGCCGGAAAACCACACGCAUCAAGGCGCCCAGCUCGUCACUGUUUCUGCGCCGCCUCCUGAGCUAG